AUGGAGGCCAAGAAGGAGGCGGAGCUCCUGGAGUGCAGGCUGAGCGUGACGGACUUUGUGAAAAUGCAGAGCCUCUUCCUGCCAGGUGAAGCAGGUGAGUCCAGCGACCCCGUGUCCUUGGAGAAGGUGGAGUUCGUGGAGCGGGCGUAUUCCCUGGUGGGGCGGGGCUCCCGGGAGGAGUACGGGCAGCUCUUCGACAACGUGGACGUGACCCGUGAGGGCCGCGUGGACUGGGAGAAGCUGACCACGUUCCUCCUGCUCGAGCUCUCCGAGAAGGACGAGCACGCGCGGGCGGCCAUGGUCAUGCGCUGGAGGCCGCUCCGCACGCUGGCCUCCGCACACAGGGAGCCGGUCCAGCAUGUGGCCUACCUGAGGAACUCUGACGAGUACCUGAGCGUGGGCAAAGACGCCGUGCUGGGGGUCUGGACCGACGAGCUCGCUCUUCUCAAGACCCAUCGACUUGCCAACGACUCUGUCAGGCCUAAAGAUCUCUGGGCAACAGGCAUGGUGGUCCUGCCCAAUGUACACAAGAUAGCUGUGAGCUUCACCAGUAAGGAGAUCUGCUUCUAUGACCUGCUGUCCAAGCAGGAGUACAGCUGUCAGUACAAACUCCAGGGCAUUAAACACACUCCCAUCAGCCUGGACUACUGGUUCAAUCCUGAGAAUUCAAACGAGGCUAUGCUCAGCUUUGGAGACGUAGGGGGACAGGUGAGCGCCAUCUGCUUCAGGACGGCCCAGAUGUCGCUGUUCGAAAGGUCCGGCGCAGGGGCGGAGCAAGAAUCUGCCCUCGUCAUCAAGUGGGCGGAGCUUGCGCAAGGCCGCCAUAAGUGCUGUUAUACGGUGCAGCACCAGGCACACGGACAGUUGUGGGUCCGCAGAGUGAGGUUCGUGGGGAAUCUGGAGGCCUUCAUGUCCUGCUCCACCAGCAGUGAGAACAGUCUGGUCCUGGCCUGGAGGGAGAAGGAGGCCAAAGCCCUCAGGACCACACCCUUCCACAUCCCGCAGGGCACCAACGACCUGGACUACCACACCGCUCUCAACCUCAUCGCCACUGCAGGCAUCGACAGCAGGGUGUGUCUGUGGAACCCCUACGUGACCUCCAAGACUGUGGGCGUCCUGCGGGGUCACAUGACCAGCGUAGUGGCGGUGCGGUUUGUUCAGGGAAAGAAUCAGCUGAUGAGUUUUUCCAAAGAAAAGGUGUUGAGGGUGUGGGAUGUGCAUCACCAGAUCUGUGUUCAGCGAGUGGCGGGGGUCUUCCCCAGGACACAGGAGUGCCAGACACGGCUCUUCUUUCACGAGGAGCGCAGUCGGUUAUUUGUCUCCUUUAACAGCGUGCUCACCCUCCUGGAGGCCUUUCCAGAGGUGGGCAGGAGGGUGACCAGCCAUGAGCACGCAGUCACCUCUGUCCUCUACAACCCGCUCUUCAAACAGGUCAUAAGCAGUGAUGCUGGCUCGACCAUUACCUGCUGGCUCAUGGACACAGGUCAGAAGGUUAAACAGUUCACCCAGUGCCAUGGCAAUGCUGAGAUCUCCACCAUGGCUCUGGACUCCUCCCAGACCCGUCUGUUCACCGGGGGCAGCGACGGCUCUGUGAAGGUGUGGGAUUUUAACGGUCACUGCCACCACAAGCUGAACGCGGGUCGGGGUCAGGCCGUGGAGAUCUCACAGAUUCUGAUCCUGAAGCGGACGGUGCUGGUCCUGGGGUGGGAGAGAAUAAUCACUGUGUUCAGGCUCAACACAUUCUCGCAGUUUUUAAUUCAGCCGUCUGAGUGGAAAGGUGGUGUUCAGCAUCGUGACGAUGUCCUGUGUGCGGCCUUCCUUCCCCCACAGGCCCUGGUCACAGGGAGCUAUGAUGGGCAGAUCACAGUCUGGAACAACAGCACGGAGAACGCGCUGCGCAAGCUUCACUGGGAUGGCCUGCGUGGGCUGAGGUCCCGCUCAGACAGUAAAUUACUGAAGCCACCGAUGCUGACUUUCCCAAGGAGUUCCCUUCCUGCCUUACCCCCGCAGUAUCCUGCCCCCACUGGUGUGGAGGACCCAGAGUGCAGCCAUGCUGUAACCAGACUGUUUUUCCUGGAGGCCAGGAAGAGUGCGGCCGCAGCAGGGGGGGCAGACCUGGUGUCGUGUGGAGGCUCAGGUACGGUGCGUUUCUGGAACACGACUCACGGCUGCCUCACGGGGGAGUUUGUUGCUCACAAGGACUGCGGAUCCAUCAUAAUGACGGUGGACAGGAGCUCGCGAUACCUGGUCACCGCUGACACGGAUGGAGGAGUGAAGGUGUGGGACAUACAGGACUACUGCCUCCGCCCCUUUGAGGGCGUGAAGCGUGAAGCUCCGGAGCUGCUGGUCAGUGUCCGCCCUCACCUGGACUGUGUGACUCACCUGGAGACCUGUGUCCAUGGCGGGCAGCUCUUCCUCCUCUCCGCCUCUGCGGACUGCAGCCUGGCUCUGAGCUACCUCCCUGGACCUGCCGUGGGCAUCUUCGGACAGGAGGUGCACUGGAGCCUGGAUUGGACAGGGGACCCUGUCCUGAUUAGCAGCAUCCCGGAGGAGACGGAGGAGAGCGAGUCUGGCCUCAGAGAGAGGCCAGGUUCGGUCAUGUCCUCCAGGGAUCCGGCCCGGGGGCUGGGGUAUCCGAUUGCGGAGGACGUGUCUGUGUUCUCGUCUGCGGAGAUCGAUCCGGACGGCGUUGAAGGGAAUAUAAACGCCGCUCCCUGGAACAGUGGAAUUCUGGGAAAGAGCUACCAGGAGAGAUGGAGCCUGAGGAAGCGCGACAGCAAACACGCCCUGUGGAACACUGCGCAAAGUCCCAUCGGAACAUUCAGCUCGUUGCAUAUGGAAGAGCUGGGUGCCGUGGCAGACGUCCACAAGCCCGACUUUGUGGCCAAUCCUCAACAGUACUUCAGGGACAACUGGGAUUGUGCCACGCCUAUCCCAUCCUUCCUCCCUGUCGCCGCGGAGACGUUGAAGGCGGCCUUUGAUGUGAGGAGUCUGUUUCCGAGGGAACUCCUGGAGCGGGAACAGUCGGUGGGGACACCGCAGGGGGGGUAUGAGGCCGGAUCGAAGAGGAACGGCGGAUAUGGGCGUGGCAGGAAACCAAGAGCUUCAGCGGUUUUUAAAGCCAAAUGAAAGAAAACCGCUGAAGCACGCACACACACACAGAGUCACAAACAGGCCUCUUCGAAUAAAGAAGCCCAUCAGUGCGGCAUACUGUACACCUAGAAAUCUGAGACACGCCCUUACAUUAUCUUCAUAUUAUGACUAUGACAUUGAAACUGAAUGUAUUUGUUAUUUCAGUUGUAUUGUGUUAGAUGCACCAUUCACCAGUGAGAGAUGGAUUAGGUUUCUCAAAAAGACUCUGCAUUCUUUUCUUCAUCUUUUCUAAUUGUGUUGAUGAACAUACUCUUACACUAUUGCAUGUCUGCACUGUGUGUAGAGGCUAGAUUGUUUUGUUGAAGUGCUGAAGUUAGAAUUCACAGUUCCACUGAUCACUGUCCUGAUGAAAGGUAACAAAUUAAUCUUCGAGAUCACUUCAUUUCUCAGUACAUUGGGCUACAAGGUGAUGCAAGAGACUUGUCACCUAUUCAGUCUUCACUCUGCUCAGUGAGACAGCGCACAUCAAUUUGAUGGAUACAUAAAGGCUGUAGGCCCUCAUGUUUAAUGAUGCAUUUAGUACUGAUUCUGAAUCAGGACACUUCACAGCACAGUGUUAUACUUUUGGUUCAACUUCUUGGGUGUCUGCCCAUUCUCAUUGCUUUAAGGGGACUGAUGGCUCAUGCUGGAAACAGCAGUGUUAGAAGAGAGGGAGUCUUCAGAAAAGUCUUAACCAGCAUCAUACAUGCAGGCAAGA